AGUAUUCAUCUGAAAUUAUUGAUGCAAUUGGCGUAUGAAUCAGAAUAAAAUGAAAAUAAGAGAUGAUAGUAUUACCUCGUUCUUAACAUGCUCAUAUGAUUAUUUAAAAAAAAAAAACCCAAAAAUAAAUCAAAAAUUUGUAUCACAGUAUUCAUCUGAAAUUAUUGAUGCAAUUGGCGUAUGAAUCAGAAUAAAAUGAAAAUAAGAGAUGAUAGUAUUACCUCGUUCUUAACAUGCUCAUAUGAUUAUUUAAAAAAAAAAAAACCCAAAAAUAAAUCAAAAAUUUGUAUCACAGAAUUCAUCUGAAAUGAGUGAUGCAAUUACUGUAUGAAUCAGUAUAAAAUGAAAAUAAGAGAUGAUAGUAUUACCUCAAACUUAACAUGCUAAUAUGAUUAUUUUAAAAAUAAAAAACCUAAAAAUAAAUCAAAGUUUUGUAUCACAGUAUUCAUCUGAAAUAAUUGAUGCAAUUGGCGUAUGAAUCAGAAUAAAAUGAAAAUAAGAGAUGAUAGUAUUACCUCGUUCUUAACAUGCUCAUAUGAUUAUUUUAAAAAUAAAAAACCUAAAAAUAAAUCAAAGUUUUGUAUCACAGUAUUCAUCUGAAAUAAUUGAUGCAAUUGGCGUAUGAAUCAGAAUAAAAUGAAAAUAAGAGAUGAUAGUAUUACCUCGUUCUUAACAUGUUCAUAUGAUUAUUUUAAAAAUAAAAAACCUAAAAAUAAAUCAAAGUUUUGUAUCACAGUAUUCAUCUGAAAUAAUUGAUGCAAUUGGCGUAUGAAUCAGAAUAAAAUGAAAAUAAGAGAUGAUAGUAUUACCUCGUUCUUAACAUGCUCAUAUGAUUAUUUUAAAAAUAAAAAACCUAAAAAUAAAUCAAAGUUUUGUAUCACAGUAUUCAUCUGAAAUAAUUGAUGCAAUUGGCGUAUGAAUCAGAAUAAAAUGAAAAUAAGAGAUGAUAGUAUUACCUCGUUCUUAACAUGCUCAUAUGAUUAUUUUAAAAAUAAAAAACCUAAAAAUAAAUCAAAGUUUUGUAUCACAGUAUUCAUCUGAAAUAAUUGAUGCAAUUGGCGUAUGAAUCAGAAUAAAAUGAAAAUAAGAGAUGAUAGUAUUACCUCGUUCUUAACAUGCUCAUAUGAUUAUUUUAAAAAUAAAAAACCUAAAAAUAAAUCAAAGUUUUGUAGUUUGAAUUGAGGAAUCCGCCGCAACAUGGCGACACGUAUAUCCAUUAUAGUGUUUGUCACACUUUUGACUUACGUAUGCAAUACAAGUGCCAUUCUAUCUAAACAACUUGACUGUCCAGAAGAUUGCGAUUGCCAUUUCUUCAGAAUUAACUGGGUGACAGACUGUUCGGAAAGUAACUUGACAUCCAUGCCAUAUGAAGGACUCGACAGCAAUGUCUACAUACUUAAUAUGAACGGAAAUCGCCUAAAAGAAAUCGAACCGUUCCCAGCCAAUAUUAAACUUAGGACAUUACAGUUGUCCAAAAACUUUUUAACAAAAAUCCAAAAAACAACGUUUGCUGGACUUCAUUACCUAUUGGAUAUAGAUUUGUCGUCUAACUUGAUCAAUUAUGUUGAUCCUGAAGCAUUUGUGGAAAGCGCUGGAUUAAUUACGUUAGAAUUACAGGGAAAUCCAUUGAAACAAGUCAAAGGUCCAUUUUUAUAUUCCAAGUCUUUGCUGUACCUAUACCUGGCAAAUAGUCAUUUAACAAAAUUGUCACCACAAUUUUUCGCCAAUAUCAGCGGUCUAGACAAACUUGAUAUUUCAGGAAACCCUCUUCAUAUCAUUGAACCAGGCAUAUUUGAUCCUCUUACUAGUUUGAAACAUCUUAUUCUAAAUAACUGUAAUCUUACACACAUAUCGAGCGUAGCAUUUAGUAACCUUGGACACCUUACGGUAUUAGAAUUAACUGGAAAUAGUCUUAAAAGUCAUGUUGACUGGACUUUAAUAUUGGGUAAUUUAGGUAGAUUGGAACAUCUCGAUUUAAGGCAAUCGGGUGUGUCUAAUUUACCAGAAAAUGUUUUCAAUAAUAUUUGGCUAAGAGGUUUAGUGUUGGCUGAAAAUGAAUUAUCUGAUCUUGACGUGGCUACUACUUUAGGUCACAAUUUAGUUCAUUUAGAUUUUCUGGAUCUUAGUUAUUGUCAUUUAAAAGGACCUUUAUCUGAAGAUGCAUUCGCUAAUGCUACGAAAUUGCGUACUCUCAUAUUAUCUGGAAACCAUUUAUCUGCAACAGACUUAGCAGUAGCUUUAUCACCUUUAUUAAAACUAGUGAAACUUUCAUUGAGAGACUGUGGAUUAACAAUGUUGCCUGCUAAUACUUUCCAUAAAUUUACUAGUCUACAAGAAUUGGACAUAUCAAGAAAUCCUUUAAACAAUGAUUUUACAGCACUUUUAUCUCCAUUGGAAUCCUUGGAGCAUUUAGAUAUGGGUUACAGUAACUUACAAAGAAUAUCUAAAACGACUUUCUUAAAAAUGUCCGCUUUAAAAACGCUUAUCCUGUCUGGUAAUAAACUUAAAAGCCUCGAAUCAGGUUCAUUCCAAAAUCUUACGCGUUUAGAAGUAUUAGAGUUGAAUAACUGUGGACUUAGUCGUCUUAAUGAUACAGUAUUCUACGACAACUUUACAUAUCCAAACUUGGAAGAGUUAAGACUUUCAGGAAAUCCAAUUCAAGUUACCGAAGAAGGACCAAUAUUACCACCUCAAUUAUCCGGUUUAAAGAAUUUGGACAUGAGUAAAUGUAACUUGAGUUAUUUACCUGUUGAUGCUUUCACUACAACUCCUAACAUUAGUCAAUUGUUGUUGAACGAUAAUAAAUUAAAGAGUGACGAAGAAGGGUCUAUGAAGUUUUUAGAGUCACUAACUGGGUUGGAACAGUUGGACUUGAGUUUCAAUAAUAUCACAGCAAUUAAACCUAAUAAAUUCGGAUAUAAUAAUCAACUUAUGUCGUUACGACUGGUUGGUAAUCCUUGGAAAUGUGAUUGUUAUGUUGUGGAUAUGUGGGAAUGGGCUGCAUUGUCUAAAGGAAAUGUAGGCGUGUUGGUAGGUUCUACGAAAUCAAUUGCUUCCAAUGUAAACAAUAAAAAAACCAAAGGAUUAGUGUGCAAUUUUGAUCCUAAAAGCACGCCUAUUAAGGAAACUAAACUAAGAAGACCUGGAAUAGAACUCAAAUCUAGUGUACAGCGUACGUGGGCCAGAUAUGUGCGCGAGGCGAAUUGUCCUCACAGCCCUGUGGCUGCAAGACCAGCCAGAAUUGUUACUAGAGAAAUUCACGAGUACCAACCAAUGUUGUCAGAAAUUGAAGACGAAACGCAAAAUAAAUGGUUACCUCUAAUAAGCUUCUGCGCUGUUUUGUUAUUGAUUUCAGCAGUAAUGAUGAGUGUAUUAAUAAAACGUAAAGAAAAUCCAACAAAGAAAGAUAAAGACGUUUCAUGUGAUUAUUCACAAGAAGACAAUGAUGUGGUUCAAUUUAAAGGAACUAAAAAUGUAUCCCGUUGAACCAUCAAAUGACAAACUUGUACUAAACAAACUAAAUUCCAGUUAUUUCAUUUUAUAAAUCUUAAGUGAAUAUUUUCAUAAUUAUUAUAAAUAUAUUUUUUUUUAUUAGUAACCCAUCACAUUUUACCACUUUCUACAUGCCACACAAACAUUAUAAAAAUUAAUAAAUGUAUACUUAGAAUUUUGGAACUUUAUCAUUCUUUGUAUCACGAUUAGAUUAUUAUCCAAUAUUUGUUUUCCUUGCAGAAAAGUUCCGAAUGGUAGUUGGUUGUCAGUGGUGUUGGAUACAGUCAAUCAAAAGCAAUGUUUCUCACUUUUAUAUUUCAUUCCUAAUGCAAGGUCAUUCAGUGCAGGGUAAUAGUAAAUUUGCACAUUUUUAAACGAACAGAAGACUAGAUACUAGUCGAGUUUCACUGUUUAUUUUAUUUUUAUUAUUAUUCAGAUUGACUGACCAAAUAUAUAUUGAAUAUUCUAGUUGUUAAGCCUUUUAUAUAUUAAAAAUACAUUUGUUUAAUAAUAAACAUUUUAUCUAUAAAAUAAUUUUAAUUAAUAAAUUAUAAAAUAAAUAAAUAUAAAUUAUAUAACUAAAUUAUGAAUAAAAUUAAUUUUUAAUUUUUAAUUUUUUUUUUUUAUAUAAAUUAUUAAUUUAAUUUAUUUUUUAUUUUUUUUAUUUUAUUAAUACAUAUAUUUAAU